GCGGGUAAUGGUGUGGACUGUGUGGGUCGUGGCGGAUCCGCUUCUCCAGUUGUCUCCCCUCCCCGACUCUCCUUCUUCCCUCCCUUUCCCUCCCUCGGCGGCUGUCGCUCGCCGGUUGCGGACUCCCUGACCCUUCCCUAAUCCCCUCCUGACCUCGGUGCCACAGGAUCGUACUCCUUUUCCUGUUUCCCGAUCCAGCCCCGGUGUCAGGGCGGGGGGCCUUAAGGAGUCAGAGGCGCCGCAGUUGAGGAGAGAAAGGACGACGACGACCCUCAACUCACCAGCCAGACCGCUGGUUCGCCGCCGCCAUGGCAAUGAGGCAGACGCCGCUCACCUGCUCCGGCCACACGAGACCAGUGGUUGAUUUGGCCUUCAGUGGCAUCACGCCUUAUGGCUAUUUCUUAAUCAGCGCUUGCAAAGAUGGUAAACCUAUGCUACGCCAGGGAGAUACAGGAGACUGGAUUGGAACAUUUUUGGGUCAUAAGGGUGCUGUUUGGGGUGCAACACUGAAUAAGGAUGCCACCAAAGCAGCUACAGCAGCCGCAGAUUUCACAGCCAAAGUGUGGGAUGCCGUCUCAGGAGAUGAAUUGAUGACCCUGGCUCAUAAACACAUUGUCAAAUCUGUGGAUUUCACUCAGGAUAGUAAUUAUUUGUUAACUGGGGGACAGGAUAAACUGUUACGCAUAUAUGACUUGAACAAACCUGAAGCAGAACCCAAGGAAAUCAGUGGUCACACCUCUGGUAUUAAAAAGGCUCUGUGGUGUAGUGAUGAUAAACAGAUUCUAUCAGCUGAUGAUAAAACUGUCCGCCUUUGGGAUCAGGCUACUAUGACAGAAGUGAAAUCUCUAAAUUUUAAUAUGUCUGUUAGUAGUAUGGAAUAUAUUCCUGAGGGAGAGAUUUUGGUUAUAACUUAUGGACGAUCUAUUGCUUUUCAUAGUGCAGUAAGUUUGGAGCCAAUUAAAUCCUUUGAAGCUCCUGCAACUAUUAAUUCUGCAUCUCUUCAUCCUGAGAAAGAAUUUCUUGUUGCAGGUGGUGAAGAUUUUAAACUUUAUAAGUAUGAUUAUAACAAUGGAGAAGAAUUAGAAUCCUACAAAGGACACUUUGGCCCUAUUCACUGUGUGCGAUUUAGUCCUGAUGGAGAACUCUAUGCCAGUGGUUCUGAAGAUGGAACAUUGAGAUUGUGGCAAACUGUGGUAGGAAAAACAUACGGCCUUUGGAAAUGUGUGCUUCCUGAAGAAGAUAGUGGUGAACUGGCAAAGCCGAAGAUCAGUUUUCCAGAGACAACAGAAGAAGAGCUAGAAGAAAUUGCUUCGGAGAAUUCAGAUUCCAUCUAUAGUUCAACUCCUGAAGUUAAGGCCUGAAUCAGACAUAUGCCACAGAUAGUAUAAACUUACGGACUAAAACAAGCAAGCAGAGAAGAGCAUCAGCCUUUCAGAGAGUUACUCUUUGCAUAAGGCAAACAUAGGCAGUAAAUAAUGGGAAUAUGAAUUAGCUCCAGUGUUGGAACUAACUAACUUGGUGUUACCUGUAAGUGAAAACUUUUGAGUAUCAGAAGAAGGCAGAUGGAGUAAUUCGCUUGUAGUAAUGACCAGCUUACUGUCUUUUUGAAUGCAUAUGUGUAAGCCAACAUUCAAUUUCUCUUAUUACAAUUAGAUUUCUUGUAGCUGUUUAUGUUAUUAUGGAGAAAAAAAUAUGUAAUGGCCUAUUUUUCUCACAUUUCCCUUAAAGGAGAAAGCCUUUUUUGCUUUAGUUGUAAAGAAGAGGGAAUACGUGAUAAAGUAACUGGUUUGAUUUCUCUUUCAUUGUAUACUGCUUCUGAACAUCUCAUUGUUUUUAGUUAUCUAAAUAAAAUGUCUCUAAAACAAGACGAUGUUUUGUUUCUUGUGAAAAAUUGAUAAUUUGAAUUUUAUGAAUGGAAGUAGCCAGAAAGUUUUUUCUGUAUUAUAACUAUAUCAAAUUGAGUGCACAUUAAUGCACUCUGUUCUUGGUCUUUAUACAGAAAAUAAUGUUUUUAUAAAAAUGGGAUAAAUGUAGACCUGCAUUGUCUUAAGUAUUCAUAUUUUUUUCUUCAUCAUUUAAGUUGAGGUAGCAUUCAGAAAUCUUUUUUGCUAACCAUUUAAUAAAUUGGGUCAACUCUAUACUUGUAAUUCAUUUUUUAUAAUAGGGGUUAUUACUCAUAAUUUAUAAAUACUUCAGACAAAUUAAUAUAUCUGCCAAUUUUAUUUUUCUCUCCUUACUCAUCUUGUGAAUGACUCCUGAUAAUUUUCCUUAGGAAAAAAAAUCAGGACCAAAGACUGAGGUUAGAUUUGAGGAUUUUUGUGGUUAUCAGAAGAAAGCACUGUAAACUACAGCCCUUAGACAGGGCCAAGAGAGGUAGGUACGUCAUAGGGGGAGCACAUGGGGUCUCAUAGGGUGUUGUACUUUUGUGUCUACUUGCUACAUGUCUGGUCCUCUGCUUUGUAGCAUAUUUCUAAUCAGAGUCUGACUUACCAUAAAUAAAGUUGAGAUUUCUAUGCA